AUGUUUGAGGCGCUACGAACACCUCGGAGGAUUAUUCUUUCGGGUACCCCGAUUCAAAACGAUUUAGGCGAAUUCCAUGCGAUGGCUGAUUUUUGCAAUCCGGGUCUUCUCGAUGACUACAACAUAUUCCGCAAAGUGUACGAGACGCCUAUAUUGAAGAGCCGAGCGCCAGGGUCUUCUGCGAAGGAGACGGAACUCGGCGAGGCUCGAUCGGCCCAGCUUUCAGCUAUUGCCCGGAGCUUCGUACUCAGGAGAGACGCUACCAUCUUGAAGAAAUAUUUGCCUCCGAAGCAUGAAUAUGUUGUAUUCGUUACUCCAACCAAGGUCCAGCUGUCGAUAUUCAAUAAGAUUCUUACGGCGGAUAGAUUAGACAACCUUGUUAGGAACUCCACAGCGGAGUCACUGGCUCUCAUCAACAUGCUGACGAAGAUCAGCAACAGUCCGAUUUUGCUGAAAGCUACUUUAGACCAGGCAAAAAAUAGAGCGGACCAGGGUGGUGAUGUCAUCAAAAAGAACGCGAUUGAGGAAGCCCUCAAGUUACUCCCGGAGAGGGCUCGAGUGGACGAUGUGACUCUCAGCGGCAAGCUCACGGCUCUUGCUCAUCUACUUCGUGCACUGCAUAAGCACACGGAUGAGAAGUGUAUCAUUGUAUCGCAUUAUACGUCUACGCUAAAUCUCGUGGAAGCAUUUUGCAAGAAGCAGGCGUACACAUACCACCGCCUAGAUGGGCAAACGCCGGCCCCAAAGAGACAAGAAUACGUGAACGAAUUCAACAAAUCAAACCAGGCGAAGCGCUUCAUAUUCCUUCUGAGCUCAAAGGCUGGAGGCGUCGGAUUGAACCUCAUCGGCGCCUCAAGACUCUGUCUGAUCGACUCAGAUUGGAAUCCAAGUCAUGAUCUCCAGUCUAUGGCUCGUAUUCAUCGUGAUGGGCAGAAGCGCCCCGUUUUCAUAUACCGAUUUCUGACCGCUGGUACCAUCGAUGAGAAAAUAUACCAGCGGCAAGUGACUAAGUUGGGACUAAGCAACUCAUUGAUGGGAGAUGGACCUUCCGCGUCCAAGUCGGACUCCUUUACCCGUAAAGAUUUACAAGACAUCUUCACUAUCCAUCCACAUACCGCUUGCCACACGCAUGAUCUGCUAGAGUGCCCUUGCGAGUCGACUGGCGAUGGUGCAGCGACGAGCGAGUUGGGUGGCAUGCUUCCGCCUGCAGAAGAAGAUUACAGCAGCGGUGAAGAUGCGCCUGCAAGCUUCGUCGUUGCAUCACAGGUCGAUGCGGAACAGAUCGAGAAGCGGGACCGAGCGUACAUGAAACAGAAGAAGGCCCAACUAGCAGCCUUGGGCGAAUGGACACAUAUCAAUUGCCUGAAGCGCGGUGCUUAUGAGCGAAUCCAGGACGAUAUUCUGGGUGAUAUGCUAUACUCUCCGCCUACAGAGAAGUUGUCGGAUAAUGCAACUCAGAAUCGGAAGUUGUCCCUCCUGGACGCUGUAGACCUCGACAACCUCAAGGCUGCAAACCCCCCUCCGUUGUCUGUGGACCAAGUUCCCGGGGGGACUGUCUCAUUCCUGUUCGAACGUGGAUCGAAAGCGGAGAUAGUUGCCGAGGAAGCCAAUAUUGCUGAUCCAGACUCAGUCUAA